AUGUCUUCCUCUGGCAAUGAUCCUCCUGGUGGCGAUGCCCCUUUCGAUUGGAUGCGCCGUUGUGACGAUGACUCUCCGCCCCUUCCCAAGAAGAAGCCUGUUACCAAGAUGACGCCUUUCGCCAAGAUGACAACUGCGGGCCGUUACGAAGAUCUGGUUCGGCAGCGUAAGAAGCAGUGGGACAUUCAACAGGAGAACAGGUUCUUGAAAGCCCUCGGCAAUGUCUCUCAGUCGGUUCCCAACAACAUGGUUCCCAACAACAAGACCGUUCGCAAGGUGAAGACUGUGGCUGAGUGGAACCGUGACCAGGAAAAGAAGUUCUCAAAGGCCCUUCAAGCUGGCAUGAAGAAAGCUCCGCCUUCCGGAUCUGUUCGUCGCGAUUCCAAACUUCGUGUUGCUCGUCCUUCCAUGCCACACCCCCUCUCACGUUCCAAGUCCAUGAACAAAAAACCCAGCAACUAUGAUGGUGGUUACUUGGACGACUCGAUGCUCUUCGAUCCGUACAAUCCUUACGGUCCAGGCAACCCGGGGGCGGCAUCCCUCCCUCUUCCAAGAAACAACAACAAAGGUGUUUCGGCUGAGGUUACGAAGAAACGUCGUGCCACGCUGAAAUCCAUUCGCGAUGGAUCUUUGUUGAAGGAUCCCAACUCAGUGUACUACCACGUUCCGUCCAUCGAAGCUGCUAACAGCACUCCACCCCGUGCUCCUGAUAUUGCCCCACCAGUCGAAAGUCCUGAUGAGUUUCCCUUGGAAGAUUUCAUCCUCAUGGCCGCUGCCAAUAUGGAGCUGUCUGAGCGUGUGGAGAAAGUGCUCAAGCUUAUGACUGAGCAAGGUGUCUUGGUUAUCCCUGUUCUCAAGCGAUACUACUUGAGUAUUGACAAGUAUCAGCGCCAAUACUUGGGUCGAAAACUGGACUGGAAGUAUGAAGACCAUGAGCUCAAACACCCUUUGCUUUUUCUGGCUCAGACCGGCUAUCCUUUUCCCAAAGAGGGCGAUGAUUGGGAUAUGAUGGGAAUGUACAUUCAUCCCGAUGUCUUCUGGAACAAGCUGCAUAUGCUUCACUGGGGUCUCACCUUCCGUAGCUCGUGGUUCUACUAUGUUGCUGCUGGUUUCAACUGGGACUUGGAAGAGUAUGGCCAUCGACGUGAUCACUUUGCAAGCGAACACCCAUUCUCUGGAUGGCUCACUCGUCGUCUAAGCACCAACGACGUUGUUGAAGAAACUGACGGUUUCGCUGAAUGUUCUGAUGUUGGCGAUGGAGUUCCUCGUCGUGUUAGCGUGGGCAAGGCUUAUGAACCUGUUAAGAUCACCACAGGAACUUCCUCCAUCAUUUAUGGGUGCACUGAGUCCUACAGUCCCAUUCCAAUGUCUGGACCAAGUACAUCGUCGUCCUCCGCUGAAGGUGGUCGUAAGCGUGCACCCACUGAAGGUGGCCGUAAGCGUGCACCCAUCAAUACUGCUGAUGACAACCACUUCGAAACAGCCUUGGUCAUCACCAAGUCUAGGAGCCGCGAAGCCAACGGAUCUCCAGAGAGUUUGGGAACAGCUGAACAGCCACUUGAAAUUUCUUCCUCUGUCAGUGAUGACUCCUCUGGAAAGACUUCUGAAAAGGCCAUUGAUGUGGAUGCUAAGCAAGCUGCAAAGAAGAAAGUUUCUCGUGCUCCUGUGGGGAUUACCCGCUUGAAGAGUCCUCUUGCCGACAAUUCUCCCCUUUACAAUUCUCCCCUUUCUUCGUCCAACACUGCGAGUACCAAGUCUUCUGGUCCGCUUGAUCGGCGUCGUCGGAAAGUUGUCAAGCAAGCUGUUCGUCGCCGUCUUCUACCUGAUACCCGUAGUCCUGACCCCGGUAGUCCUGAGGAAGAAAGUGAGGAAGAAAGUGAAACGCAACAGUUCCAGGAUCAUUGCAGUCAAGCCUCUGCCCAGGAUGAAGACGACGAAGAAGAGCAAGACGAUGAAGAGGAGGACGAUGGUGAAGAGGAGGACGAUGGUGAAGAGGAGUAUUCAGAUGACGGUCAUGUCUCCCCAGAGUACUGA